AUGACAAUAGAUAAUCCAACAAUAACAACGAGUAACAAUGGAACCAUUCAACUGACAAGUGAUAACUAUAUUAAUAAUAUAAAUUUAGUGACCAAAGUAAUACCUUCAAGUCAAACAAAAACAGUGACAAUUACUGAAAAUACGACAACCGCCAUUACACCAGAUAAUAAUAUACCUUACUUAGAUUCAGUAAUAGUAACUACAAAUGUACAACCUACAGAAGAAACAAUAAGUCAAACAUAUACAGAAAGUGGUUAUUACGAAAUAAAAAAAACAGACAAUUACUACUUAAAACAAGUAAAUUUGACAAUUAAUAUACCUCAAAUACUAAAAAUUGAUUACAUACAAGACUCUUCUACAUCUUACGUAAUAGAACCUUCAGAUUUAACAAUAACAACUAUAGAAAAUACAGAAGAUUUAACACCAAUAACACCAGAAAACUUAACAUACGUACACAAUAUAGCUUUAAUAAAACCAACAUCGACAGGUAUAAUAAAAAUAAACGAAACAAUGAGUUUCGAUUUAACAAUACUAAAACAUAAAGACGGAGGACUACAAAUAGAAGAAAUAAAAGCAGGAAAUAUAUACCAAUUCGAACCAGAAAAAAGUUAUUUUUAUAUAAUGAGAAAUUGCAAUAUGUUAAGAUUCCUAGACAGUAAUAACACUGCAAUGUUUGCGUCAACAAUGAAAUCAUAUGGAUCAACUAUAGACGCCAUUUAUAUAGAUGACUCAAUGACUCUAACACAAUUCAAAAUUAACUACUUUCCAACUUAUUAA